AUGAAAGAAAGGGAUUUUAUGAGGAAAGAACGUUGUACAUACGUAGGACAUGUAGCAAGUAGUGGAUGUCAGUAUGUAGCGCCUAGAGUAACUUACCAAGCCGCUGCUCAUCAGGUGCCGACGUACGCCAUAGCUGCGGUACCUACGUACUUUGUGCCACGAGCAUUAACUUACCAUCAACCGCAGCUGGUGUCUUUGCCCUUGAUUUAUGUCGCAAGGCCACAACAGUACGUUAGCGCAGCAAAACCCUACCCACAGCCACAACAGGGUUACGUGCAAGCUCCACAGCAACAGUAUCCCUUACCAACACCACCACCGCCACCACCUCCACCACCUGCAUAUCCACAACCGCCAACACCUAUCAAGCCGCUGCUCAUCAGGUGCCGACGUACGCCAUAG